AAGAAUGAGUGAAUGAGCUCCAUUUCUGUAAGCAAAUCAGAAAUUGGUGCAGCCUCUUCCAUUUCCCCUUUCCUUCCUCUUUCUUCAGAUCUCAAACACCAUUCUUCUCAAUCUUCAAUCUCCAAUCUCCAAUCUCCAAUCCCUAUAUAACAAAUCACAUCAUCAUUCAGAUUGAAUUGUGGAUUCAAUCUGAUGAUGGCUUCCCCCAAUCCCAAUCCCAACCACAACCACCCUCCUCCUCCCUUCGACAUGCACUCCUUCUUCAACCCUAACCCUAACCCUAACCCUAACACCGCCCACUCACCCUCCUCCUCCUCCUCCUCCUACCCUCCGCCCUUCUCCGCCGCGCCCUUCCACUUCCCCGCCUUCGACCACCGCUCCCUCUCCUUCCCCACCCCGCCUCUCCAGCCUCCUCCGCCCUCCAACCCCAACGCCGGCGCCCGCCUCAUGGCCCUCCUCACCAACCCCUCCCCCCAGCCCCCUCCCUCCUCCUCCUCCUCCUCGCCCUCCUCCGCCGUCCUCGCCGCUGCCACCGCCGCCGCCGCCGCCCUCACGCGCCUCCCCAGCACCAAGGUCCCCACUGGCCGCCACCUCGCCGGGGAGCGCGUCGCCUAUGACGUCGACGUCAGGCUGCCCGGGGAGCUCCAGCCGCAGCUUGAGGUCGCUCCGAUUACCAAAUACGGGUCGGAUCCGAACCCGGUUUUGGGGAGGCAGAUUGCGGUGAAUAAGUCGUAUAUAUGCUAUGGACUCAAACAGGGGAACAUUAGGGUGCUUAAUAUUCACACUGCUGUUAGGUCUUUGCUCAGAGGCCACGCUCAGAGGGUCACAGACUUGGCGUUCUUUGCUGAAGAUGUUCAUCUCUUGGCUAGUGUUGGCACAGAUGGCCGUGUCUAUGUGUGGAAGAUCUCUGAAGGUCCAGACGAUGAAGAUAAGCCUCAAAUUACUGCCAAUAUAGUUAUUGCUCUUCAAAUAGUGGGGGAGGAGAAAGUUGAACAUCCUCAAAUUUGCUGGCACUGCCACAAACAAGAGAUUUUGAUAGUUGGUAUGGGAAAAUAUGUUUUGAGAAUUGACACCACAAAAGUUGGAAAUGGUGAAGCCUUUGUGGCAGAGGUUCCUCUGAGAUGUCCUGUUGACAAGCUCAUUGAUGGGGUUCAGCUGGUUGGCACACAUGAUGCGGAGGUGACUGAUUUGUCAAUGUGCCAAUGGAUGACCAAUCGAUUGGUAUCUUCGUCACAGGAUGGCACAAUAAAGAUCUGGGAAGAUCGCAAGACACAACCACUUGCAAUUUUGAGACCCCAUGACGGACAUCCAGUUUUUUCUGCUACAUUUUUUACUGCUCCACACCAGCCCUAUCAUAUUGUUCUUAUAACAGCAGGACCACAAAAUCGGGAGGUGAAGCUUUGGGUCUCAGCAAGUGAAGAAGGUUGGCUUCUCCCAAGUGACACUGAAUCAUGGAAAUGCACUCAGACGUUGGAGUUGAAGAGUUCAGCUCAACCAUCUAAGGAUGCAUUCUUUAAUCAAGUUGCAGCAUUGCCUCAUGCAGGUCUGCUUUUACUUGCAAAUGCCCAGAGGAAUGCUAUAUAUGCUGUGCAUUUAGAAUAUGGUUCUAAUCCAGAGUCAACACGCAUGGAUUAUAUAGCUGAGUUUACUGUGACCAUGCCCAUUCUGAGUUUUACUGGUACAAGUGAUAUUCUACCUCAUGGUGAACAUAUUGUUCAGGUUUAUUGUGUUCAGACACAGGCUAUUCAGCAGUAUGCUUUGGAUUUAUCCCAGUGCUUGCCUCCACCAAUGGAAAAUUUGGGACUAGAGAAGUCAGAUUCCAGUGUUUCCCGCGAUGCAGUUAAUGUUGAAGGAUUCCACUCUUUAGACUCUUCUGUAGGUAGAACAUCUGAAAUGUCUUUAACCAGUUCUGCUCCCAAAACAAUGUUACCAGCAGGUAGUACGGAGAGUGGAUUUAUGGCAAGGUACCCUUUAAGCACUGGUCAUGCUGAGGCACCUAUUUCUAAAGAAAUCAGCAGUUCAAAUACUGAACCUAAAUCUGUUACAUUAGUUCCAUCUAGUAGUGAUCCUGAUAUUGUUUGUAUUCCAUCUCCACCUCUUCCUUUGAGCCCAAGGUUAUCUAGGAAACUCUCUGAUAUCAGGAGUCCACAAUCUAACUUGAAUGAUCAAGUUGGGGACCAUCCUGUUAAUGAUUAUUCAAUAGACAGACAAUUGGAUCCCAUUCACAGGAACAUGUCUGACCCAUUGAAUAAUGAUCCAAAGAAUGACGACAAGAAAGUGAAGCAGGAUGACAUUUCUAGUGUACUUAACCCUUCUGUUAUGUUUAUGCAACCAACUCAUCUAGUUACACCAUCUGAGAUCACAAAAUCUGGUUCCACCUCUGAGACUAACAUAAUUGAUAGGAAGACUGAGGGGGAAGCAAAGAUCCAGGAUGUGGUUGAUGUCGGUAAUGCCGAAGUGGAAGUGAAAGUGGUGGGUGAGACAAGAUCUAAUCCAAAUGAUGAAUUUGGUAGGCAGGGGUCACAGCAAACUCCAGUUUCUGAUAAGGAAAAAUUAUUUUGCUCUCAGGCUUCAGAUCUUGGUAUUGAGAUGGCCCGAGAAUGCUGUGCAAUAUCUGGGGACACAUAUCUUGCAGAGGAAUCUGGACAACUUGAUUCUCUGGGAGGAGACUCGCUGGCUCAACCUUCUGAUGCCGGUGAGGAUGGACUCCAAGACUUGGCGAAAGAUGCCCAUGAAAAGGUUUCUGGCUCAUCUACAUCUGUGGCAGUACCACCAUCUCAUGUGCCUAAUGCAAAAGGGAAAAGACAGAAGGGUAAAAAUUCUCAAGCAUCAGGCCCUUCCCCAUCUUCUCAAAGUGUGUGCAAUUCAACUGAUUCAUUCAAUGAAACAAAUGGAAAUCCAAGCUUCCCAUCUGCUGAAAAUGCUUUCCCUCAAAUUCUGGCAAUGCAAGAAUCAAUCAAUCAGUUGUUGACUAUGCAAAAAGAGAUGCAGAAGCAAAUGACAAUGAUGGUUGCUGUUCCAGUGACAAAAGAAGGUAGAAGGCUUGAGGCUGCCCUAGGCAGAAACAUGGAAAAAGCUGUCAAGGCCAACAGUGAUGCUUUGUGGGCUCGAAUUCAGGAGGAGAAUGCAAAAAGUGAAAAGUUGUUACGAGAUCGACUUCAACAAGUUACCGGUUUGAUUAGUAACUUUAUGAAUAAGGAUCUAACAGUAAUACUGGAGAAAACAGUAAAGAAGGAAAUGGCUUCAGUUGGGCAAGCAGUAGUACGUGCAAUGUCUCCUGCUGUGGAGAAAAUAAUAUCUUCUGCUAUAGUGGAGUCCUUCCAGAGAGGAGUGGGUGAUAAGGCAGUGAACCAACUUGAUAAAUCAGUUAAUUCAAAACUUGAAGCUACUGUAGCUAGGCAAAUCCAAGCACAAUUUCAGACAACUGGCAAACAGGUGCUUCAGGAUGCACUCAAAUCCAGUUUUGAAACAUCAGUGGUUCCUGCAUUUGAGAUGUCAUGUAAAGCCAUGUUUGAGCAAGUGGAUGCUACAUUUCAGAAAGGCAUGGUUGAACAUUCAACUGCUGUGCAGCAACGCCUUGAAUCUGCACCCACUUCGUUGGCAAUGACACUAAGGGAUUCCAUUAAUUCGGCAUCAUCAAUUACUCAAACCUUGAGUAGAGAGGUGCUUGAGGGCCAGAGAAAGCUAGUGGCAUUCGCUUCUACAAGAACAAACUCAGGCUCAUUAAAUCCUUUGCCCGUCCAGCUGAACAAUGGUCCUUUACUUCAUGAAAAGGUUGAGGUGCCCCUAGAUCCCACACAGGAGCUAACAAGGUUGAUUUCUGAACGGAAAUACGAGGAGGCUUUCAUUGGAGCUCUACAUAGAAGUGAUGUAUCCAUUGUAUCUUGGUUAUGUUCUCAGGUUGAUUUACGUGGACUUUUGACAAUGGUUCCUCUUCCUUUAAGCCAAGGUGUAUUGCUUUCACUUCUGCAGCAGUUGGCUUGUGAUAUAAACAACGAUACAGCGCGAAAGAUUGCGUGGUUGACAGAUGUGGCUGCUGCCAUAAACCCGUCAGAUCCUGUGAUUAUAUCGCACACACGACCCAUAUUUGAGCAAGUCUAUCAGAUUCUCAAUCAUCAACGUAGCUUGCCUACAAUGACUGGAUCUGAUCUGUCAAGUAUCCGUCUUUUAUUGCAUGUCGUCAACUCCAUGCUUAUGACAUGUAAAUGAUGAUGAUGAUGAUUUUUUUUUCUUUUCAUUUCCAGAAAUGUGCAAAUUCUUCGCCUUGUGAACUUGUAAUAGAAUUGGAAUUUUGUACAAAGCUCAGUGAUUUUUGUUGAAAGGGUCGAAAUUGGGUAGUAAGUGUUGACAGAUGUUAGGUAGUUCAUAUGUCAAAAUAUUCUGCAGCAACGAAAUUGAAUUUUUGACUCUAAAUUCUCAGGUUCUUGUAUUCCAUGUCCAUGUGGGAAUCAUAAUUUUAAAAUGCGUUAAUCCCA